CACGUUAAUGGAACAUGCUGAGUUAGACACUUGACUCAGUUCCCGGUGCUGUGUUCAAUUUACAGUCUAGUACAGUAAUAUUCACCUUGCUUGUUUUGGUUUGCCAUUGUAUCCUAUAGGCAUUUCUGAGAAGUGCAGCGCUCGCUGGCUCCUCGACGUCUUUUCCGCCGUUAAUCAAAUGUAAAUAUCGCAGGGCUGCUGCUGAGGGGGCACUUGCAGCGAAGUAGUAACAGCAAAGCUGAUACAAUGAAUGCACAGAGUGGAGUAAGUAGAAUGAAACCAUUAGAGUUCUGCGAGAGGAGCCGCCUGUUAAGCACAGCAGUUAGGUACAGGCAAUAAUCGAGUCCGAGGCUCGAGUGUGACAGCAGGGCCCCGGCGCUGCGCUUGGACCGGGUCUACAUACAUAAACGUGUUUUCAAAUCAGAUUUAGACUCAUACAAAAUGGCAGAGUGUGCGGCUCUUCAGUUUGUGAGCCCAUAUGCCUUCGAAGCAAUGCAGAAAGUGGAUGUGGUUCGGCUGGCUGCUCUCAGUGACCCUGAGCUGAGGCUGCUGCUGCCCUGCCUGGUUAGAAUGGCCCUGUGCGCUCCUGCAGACCAGAGCCACGCCUGGGCCGAGGAUAAAAAACUGAUCCUGCGGCUCCUCUCGGGAGUGGAAGCCGUCAACUCCAUCGUCGCCCUGCUGUCCGUCGACUUCCACGCACUGGAACAGGACGCCAGAAAAGAACAGCAGCUCAGACACAAGCCAGGGGGAUCAAGUGGGGAGAGCAUCUUGGUGUCCCAGCUGCAGCACGGACUGACCUUGGAGUUUGAACACAGCGAUCCACUCAGGAGGCUAAGGCUGGCACUCAGUGAAUUACUAGCUAUAAUGAACAAGGUAUCUGAUUCAAAUGGAGAGUUUUUCUUAAAGUCUUCAGAGCUUUUUGAAAGCACUGUCUAUCUAGAAGAAGUGGCAGAUGUCCUCUGUAUUUUACAAGCAGAACUGCCGUCACUGUUACCAAUUAUAGACGUAGCUGAAGCCCUGCUGCAUGUUCGGAAUGGCGAAUGGUUCCUCUGUCUAUCAGUAGCAAAUGUUCCUGACAGCUUCAAUGAAGUGUGCAGAGGUUUGAUAAAGAACGGAGAGCGUCAGGAUGAGGAAAGCGUGGGGGGUCGGCGCAGAACGGAGGCUCUUCGACAGCUCUGUCAGAUGAACCCUUCACAGGCUCUGAGUGUCCGAGCCAUGGUGGUGGAAGAGUGCCACCUUCCUGGGCUUGGUGUGGCGUUGACAUUGGAUCACACCAAAUCUGACACGGCAGAUGAUGCGGUGAGCAACCUGGUCUCAUUUGUCAGCGGUCUGCUCCUGGGAACCAAUGCCAAAGUGCGAACCUGGUUUGGAAUGUUUAUCCGAAAUGGUCAACAGCGAAAGAAAGAAAGCAGUUCAGUUCUCUGGCAAAUGAGACGGCAGCUGCUUCUGGAGCUAGUGGCCAUCCUUCCGAGGUCCAGAAGCACUCACGUCCCGAACGAUAGCGAUUCCGAUCUGGAGCAGACAGCAGCCGGGUACUCUGGACUGAGAGAGGAGCAUGUGGUGAAAGCCAGCGCUUUGCUGCGGCUGUACUGUGCACUGAUGGGGAUAGCUGGUCUCAGGCCUACAGACGAGGAGGCCGAGCAGCUCCUCCAGCUCAUGACAAGCCGCCCCCCCGCUACCCCGGCUGGCGUGCGCUUUGUGUCGCUCUCCUUCUGCAAGCUGCUUGCAUUCCCUACUCUCGUCAGCACCCCAGAGCAGGAGCAGCUGAUGGUGAUGUGGCUGAGCUGGAUGAUUAAAGAAGAAGAAUAUUUUGAGAGUGCUGCAGGGGUAUCGGCUUCUUUUGGUGAGAUGCUGCUACUGGUUGCUAUGUAUUUCCAUAGCAACCAACUCAGUUCCAUCAUUGAGUUGGUCUGCUCUACUUUGGGGAUGAAGAUUGCUAUUAAAUCUAGCUCCCUGAGCAAAAUGAAGACUAUCUUUACACAGGAGAUUUUCACAGAACAGGUUGUGACGGCUCAUGCAGUUCGAGUUCCUGUUACCAACAACCUGAAUGCCACCAUCACUGGAUUCCUUCCCAUUCACUGUAUCUAUCAGCUGCUAAGAAGCAGAGCUUUCACCAAGCAUAAAGUUUCCAUCAAGGACUGGAUCUACAAGCAGUUAUGUGAGACGUCCACCCCACUCCACACUCAGUUACUCCCCCUUAUUGACGUUUAUAUCAACUCCAUUCUUACUCCUGCUUCCAAAGCGAGUCCUGAGGCCACCAACCAGCCAAUCACGGAGCAGGAAAUCCUCAAUGUGUUUCAGGGACUAACAGGGGGUGACAGCAGUCGAAUUCGUCAGAGAUACAAUAUCAUGUCCCAGCUUCUGGUACUCUAUUAUAUCCUUUCAUAUGAGGAGGCAUUGCUGGUAAACACAAAGGCGCUUGCGCUCAUGCAACGGAAGCCUAAGUCGUACUCCGCUGCACUUAUGGACCAGAUUCCCAUUAAGUAUUUGAUCCGCCAAGCUCAGGGACUUCAGCAAGAACUGGGGGGUCUCCACUCUGCUCUGCUGCGGCUUCUGGCUACAAACUACCCUCACUUGUGCAUGGUGGAGGACUGGAUAUGUGAGGAGGAAAUCACUGGUACAGUCUCGCUCCUGAGGAGGAUGCUGCUGACCGGCACUGCCAAGAAAUACUCCCAGAAGCAGCUCCAAGAAGCAUUCCAGAUGGUCCCAUCCAAUAACACUCGUUUAAUGCAGAUCCUUGAACACCUGACACUGCUGUCUGCCAGUGACCUGAUUCCCUAUGUGGAGGUGCUGAUGUCAAAUAUGAGCCGGCUCCUUAGUGUAGGAGUUUCAAGGAGAAUUUUCCAGACUGUCAAUAAGCUGUGGAUGGUACUUAACACUGUGAUGCCCAGAAGAUUGUGGGUGAUGACUGUCAAUGCCCUCCAGCCGUCUGUAAAGUUGCUGCGGCAGCAGAAGUACACGCAGAACGACCUGAUGAUCGACCCACUAAUUGUCCUGCGGUGUGAUCAGAGA